AUGACUUCUCACGACGAACUCGACCACUUGAAAAUGUUUUUACGAAACGAACCCUUGAAUAAAAUUACUGUUGCUAGAGCCUUUCAUGAACUAUGGAAGUGUAAAGAUAUAGAAUCGGAAGGAAGGGAUUGUAACUGUCUUUUGGAGGUCUUCAAAGAGCUGACAACAGAAAAUCUAAAUAGCGAUAGAAAGCAACACUUCACUUCAUUACAAGAUAUAGACAAGAUGCGAUGUAUAUGGGUAGAGUUAAAAUCAUUAAUAGAUGAAGACCUAAUUCGGUUUGAGAUUAAUGAACCUCCAAGUUGGAAAUUACAUGCUAUAUGUAACAUUAAUAACUUAAAGGAUGAAUUGCAGAAAGCAGACACGUCUGUUCAUAAUCAUCUUCUCGAAAAGAUACAAGAACUAGAUAUUAAUGAUUUAACUUAUGAUGACCCGUUGGCUAAUGGUAUAGUUGACCUUGGAUCCUCUCAAUACCAGUUAGUGGAUGAUGACUACGACGUCCUUGUGGGUGAGAAAUGUGGCAUAAGGAAGUUAAGAAAAGGUGCUCUGAUAAAGAGUGUGUGUGCAAAUUAUGUUACGAAAAGAAACGAAAUUCAAACCCAGUGCAAAUUCGUCAUUGCACCUUCAGAAACGACAAGGCACAAGAACUGGGUUGAGGGCGAAAACGACAGAGCACAAAUAGCAACAAAUAUAACAGACACUCUUCUGCAAGAAAUUAAAAGGAAUGUUCUUCAUAAAAUUUCCAAAGCUUCAGAGAAUGCACUCGUAGACGUUGUGACACGUCUUAUGGAGGCGUCUAUAUAUCAAAUGCCAAUUGGCUUGGAUAUUGAAGUAACAAGAAAUGAUCGUCAGAGUGAUGCGAGCAAGAAACGAAAAAAUCGACAAGUAUCCGGUUCAAGAGGCAACAAGCCUGACUUGAUGAUUCGAGCAUUUUUCAAACAGAGGUGGAACGAAAUCGCAUACAUUGAAAGCGGAAAAUGGAAAUCAACAGGCACAAAAACCCGUAAUGAUCAUAAUAAGUUGGCUCGUUUCACCUUAGACGGGUAUACCGAUAUGUCGAAAAAGACCGAAAAGAAUAAGCUGUAUAAAUUCUGCAUUAUAUUCGGUAUAAAUAUUACUGAUGACCACUGUGUUGAUGUAUACGGAUUGUUACGAGAAAAAGGUAUAAAGUUUUACCUCCCUAUCAUAAAAGCCAAGAUUCCUUUACAUAACGAAACUGUGGAUAAAGUUGAAGAAUUUGUGCAUGCCUUAUUAAUCUUGCGGAACGGGAUACUGGUAAAUCUUCAUGAAUUCAAUCAGAUUUUAUUAAAGAAAUCUAGGUCAGCCACCGAACAUGAUUCCUCCGAAGAAGAUUCUACUAUCAAAACCCCAUAA